UGUAGAUAGGUAGACAAAGACAAUUAUAAAUAAAUGUAUUAAUUAAUCAUAAUAUUAUAUAGUUAGUCCAUUCCAUAAUAUCAGUUCUAGUGCAACGGCGUUCAAGUUAGUAAACUAAGUAUAGCGACGGUACAUUUAUAGGCAUCGGACUGCGACAUCUACUACGGCCGCGUGAAGAUGAACGCGCCCUGGUGCAUGGCGACCCUGGCGGUUGGCGUGCUGACGUUGGGACGGUACUACGGCGGUGCAGACGGCGCGAGAAUUCUGGCUAUGAUGCCGAUUGCGGCCAAGAGCCAUUGGAACGUGGUGGACUCGGUGUUGCAGACGCUAGUGGCCCGCGGACACCACGUCACGGCCAUCACGCCGUUCCCCAAGAACCGACCGGUGGCCAAUUACACGGAAGUGGACAUGUCUCGUUUGGUACCGUCGGGCGUCAGCGUGCCCUGGGACACGGUGAUGGGCGAAUGUUCGGCGCACAACAACCUGCCGUUUCUCUCGGGUCGUCACAAGGACAUGUGCCGGGCGGUGUACGAGCACGACGAGUUUUGGCGCACCGUUGAAACGAAUAAAUAUGACUUGUUUAUUACCGAAUUACUUGCCUCGUCGUGUGAUGCAUAUGUGUCGUAUUAUUUAAAAAUACCACAGAUAGUCAUUGUCUCGAGCCAUGUUCAUACAUGGUACCAUAGUACGUUCGGUAGUCACAUGAACCCCGCGCACAUUUCCACGUACCACGCGUCGUACGCAGUACCCACAAACAUCAUACAGAGAAUGGUGAACACAUACGACUACUUGUACUCACAUGUGGUGUUCAAAUGGGUCGACAGGGAAUCAACGGCCAUCGGUAGAAAAUAUUUCGGUUCUGACGCACCAGAUGCUGACACCUUAAUGAAAAAUUCGUCAUUAGUAUUUGUCAACGGGCAUUAUACCGUAGACUUGGCAAAGCCACUACUACCUAAUUUUGUGAACAUAGGUGGAAUACAUUUAGUACAGCCAAAACCACUGCCCAAAGAUAUUGAACAGUAUAUCGAUAAUUCUCCAGAUGGUGUUAUAUUCUUUACGUUAGGAUCUGUAAUUCAGUUGGAAACAGCACCAGCAUAUUUGCAGAAAACGUUCGUUGAAGCAUUGAGAGAAAUACCUCAAAGAGUACUGUGGAAGUACGACGUUCCAAACAUAGAAAACUUACCGAAAAAUGUUAAAAUAGGAAAAUGGUUUCCCCAGAGAGAUAUAUUAGAACAUAAGAAUGUUAAAUUAUUUAUAUCUCAUGGUGGUAUGUCUGGCAUCUACGAAGCCAUAGAUAGUGGAAUACCUGUACUUGGUAUUCCUCUAUUUUUUGAUCAAUCACACAAUGUUGCUAACAUAGCUCAUUGGGGUGCAGGCUUAAUGUUAGAUCACAAAACGUUGACCAAAGAUAUAUUUGUGAAUGCUAUCAAAGAAAUGACAACUAACUAUAACAAAUACAAAUUAAAAGCGAUGGAACUUUCCAGAAGAUUUAAAGACCGACCGAAUACACCAAAAGAAGAAGUAAUAUAUUGGACAGAAUAUGUAAUAAAACACAAAGGUGCACAUCAUUUAAAAACAGCUGCUUUGAAAUUGUCUUGGUAUCAAUAUUUUUUAAUUGAUAUUCUAAUUACCAUUGUAUUAAUUUUCUUAGUUAGUUUAAGUAUUAUUAUUUUUUUAUUUAUCGAUAGGCUCGUAUGUUAUUAUUGUAUAAUAUUUCAAAUGAAUUUUACCAUAGUUUUUUUAAAUGUAUACUGUAUAAUGACUGUUGUUAAUGGAGCUCAAAUAUUUGCUUUCGUACCGAUAUAUGGACAGAGUCAUUGGAACGUCAUGGAUGCUGUAUUACAAACUCUCGUGUCUGCUGGCCAUAAUGUUACUGUUAUAACCCCUUUUAUAAAAAAAGAAAAAAUUGAAAACUAUACUCAGAUAGAUUCGUCUUUCUACAUGACACGGUCAGCAUCGGCACCCUUUAAGAACAUUGUUGGAUCUGAUGGUAUUCAAUAUUUAAUCGAAACACAUCUCAUUUCAUGUGAAGCUAUUUAUAAGUGUAAAGAUUUCUGGACCGUGCUCGAAUCCAAAAAGUAUGACCUUUUCGUCACACAGUUGUUGGGCUCAGGUUGUGAUUCGUAUAUAGCCUACAAACUGCAAGUUCCGAUGAUUGCCGUUACAACAUCUGCCAUGCCGACAUGGUUAAAUGGCGAGUUUAGUAAUCCUUUGAUUACUUCGUACACGUCCACACUAAACGUAGCGAUGGCGAGUCCUAAAACAUUUUGGGACCGUUUUUUAAAUACUUACGAUUACUUAAAGUCAAUUAGUAAAAGUUGGUGGUACAAUCGCAAAGCAACGAUAAUCGGCAGAAAUUAUUUCGGCAAAGAUGUGCCGGAUUCUUACACGUUAAUGAAAAAAAUAUCAUUAGUAUUCGUCAACAGUCAUUUCUCUUUCAACCUACCCAGGCCUUGGAUACCAAAUCUUAUAGAAAUUGGAGGUAUUCACGUAACUGAUCCCAAACCAUUACCAAAAGAUAUACAACAAUUUCUUGACGACGCUCCAGAAGGAGUAAUAUAUUUCUCAUUUGGAUCCACUGUAAAAAUGGAUUCACUUCCGGCGAAAAUGCAAAUUUCGUUACAAGAGGCAUUUGCUGAACUACCACAACGGAUACUAUGGAAGUAUGAUGGUGAAGUAAUGGAAAAUCAACCAAAGAACGUCAUGAUCAAAAAAUGGUUUCCCCAAAGAGACAUAAUGGCACAUUCAAAAUUAAAACUAUUUAUUUAUCAUGGCGGAUUAUCUGGUAUAAAUGAAGCCAUCAUCAAUCAAGUACCUAUACUUGGCAUACCAUUAUUUAGUGAUCAACAUAGAAACAUAGCGAACGCAGUAUUCUUGGGAAUAGGUUUAAGUCUAGACUAUAAAACAAUAGAUAAAGAUUCAGUUCUAACUGCCGCUAAAGAAAUUAUCAACAACCAAAAGUACAAACAAAAUGUUCAAGAGUUAUAUAAGAUGUUUAAAGAUCGGCCAAUGUCUCCGGAUAUGCUAGUUACAUAUUGGACCGAGUAUGUAAUUAAACAUAAUGGAACUGAACACAUUAAUCCUGCAUCAAACGACAUGUUUUGGUAUCAGUAUCAUCAGUUAGAUGUUAUAUUGGUCAUCAUAUUAGUUUCAAUUAGCUUAUUAAUCAUUGUGUUAUAUACUUUAAUAAUAAUUAAACGUUCAAUUGUUAAAUGUUUUCAUUUGAAACAAAUUAAAAGAUUUACCGGCACUAAAAAUACCAAAUCAGAUUUCUAA